AGUGCAAUACUGCCCGAGCCCGGGCGGGGUCUCUGUUCUCUGGCAGAGGAGGUCCCUUGGCAGCGGGAAGCUCCCUCUCUUUCUCUUGCUACCGCUCCGAGUCUGCGCCCUGGUGCCAGGCGCCCAGCUCGGCGCUCCCCUGUGCUCGCCCGGCGCCCACUCAUUCGCAGCCCGGCCAACGCCGCUGCCGCCUCCUUGCUCCUCUUCCUUCUCCUUUCCCUAGCCCGCCGCGGCCAUGGCGGACAGCGCCAGCGAGAGCGACACGGAUGGGGCGGGGGGCAACAGCAGUAGCUCGGCCGCCAUGCAGUCGUCCUGCUCGUCGACCUCGGGCGGCGGUGGCGGCGGCGGAGGCGGCAGCGGUGGGAAGUCUGGGGGUAUUGUCAUUUCGCCGUUCCGCCUGGAGGAGCUCACCAACCGCCUGGCCUCGCUGCAGCAGGAGAACAAGGUGCUGAAGAUCGAGCUGGAGACCUACAAACUCAAGUGCAAGGCGCUGCAGGAGGAGAACCGCGACCUGCGCAAAGCCAGCGUGACCAUCCAAGCCAGGGCUGAGCAAGAAGAAGAAUUCAUCAGUAACACUUUAUUCAAGAAAAUUCAGGCUUUGCAGAAGGAGAAAGAAACCCUGGCGGUAAAUUAUGAGAAGGAAGAAGAGUUCCUCACUAAUGAGCUCUCCAGAAAAUUGAUGCAGUUGCAGCAUGAGAAAGCUGAGCUUGAACAGCAUCUCGAGCAGGAGCAGGAGUUUCAAGUCAACAAACUGAUGAAGAAAAUUAAAAAACUAGAGAAUGAUACCAUUUCGAAGCAGCUUACUUUAGAGCAGUUGAGACGAGAGAAGAUCGACCUUGAAAAUACAUUGGAACAAGAGCAGGAAGCACUAGUUAAUCGUCUGUGGAAAAGGAUGGAUAAGCUUGAAGCUGAAAAGCGAAUCCUGCAGGAGAAACUAGACCAGCCUGUCUCUGCUCCACCAUCGCCCAGAGAUAUUGCCAUGGAGAUUGACUCACCAGAAAACAUGAUGCGCCACAUCAGGUUCUUAAAGAAUGAAGUGGAGAGGCUGAAGAAGCAACUGAGAGCUGCUCAGUUACAGCAUUCCGAGAAGAUGGCGCAGUAUCUGGAGGAAGAACGCCACAUGAGGGAAGAGAACUUGAGGCUGCAGAGAAAACUGCAGAGGGAGAUGGAGAGAAGAGAAGCCCUCUGUCGACAGCUCUCCGAGAGUGAAUCCAGCUUAGAGAUGGAUGAUGAGAGGUAUUUUAACGAGAUGUCUGCUCAAGGACUAAGACCUCGCACUGUGUCCAGCCCAAUCCCUUACACACCUUCUCCAAGUUCCAGCAGGCCUAUAUCACCCGGUCUAUCAUAUGCAAGUCACACAGUUGGUUUCACACCACCAACAUCGCUGACUAGAGCCGGAAUGUCUUACUACAAUUCCCCGGGCCUUCAUGUGCAGCAUAUGGGAACUUCCCAUGGCAUCACAAGGCCUUCGCCGCGGAGAAGCAGCAGUCCUGAUAAAUUCAAACGGCCCACGCCGCCUCCAUCUCCCAACACACAGACCCCAGUUCAGCCACCUCCGCCUCCGCCUCCGCCACCCAUGCAGCCUGCGGUCCCCUCGGCAGCCACCUCACAGCCCGCCCCUUCUCAACAUUCAGUGCACCCUUCCUCCCAGCCUUAAUGCAUGUGCUUAGUCUGAAGUUCAAGUUGGGACUCGUAAAACGGAGCCGUCUGCUCACGCCAAAGGCUUCCUUCCCCAGCGUAUUUGGAUCUGACCUGUUUGCACUGAGUUUAUCUAGGCUUCACUCUUCUUUGUGUUGUAAAUGUUUGUCGGAAACGCAGCCAGUCUUGU